AUGGUUCGUGCAGAUUGUUCACUUACACAUUGUGAAGAAGACGCUAAACAAGCUGUAUUUUCAUACGUUAUAGCGAUGCGACAUUUGCUUAUUGGAAAGAGUAAUAAGGAAGCAUUUGAAAUAGCAUUAAAUGCUACUCAAAGUAUGCGUAUUCGUGAACACUUGUUAGCAGCUCAAGAAAAACCUGUACCUGUAAAUAUUGGAAAUCAAUUUGUGAAUGGUGACGAGAAAGCAAUAGGAUACAUUGGGGUAGCACUACAGAGUGCUUUUUAUGAACUUCUUCAUGGCACAUCGUUUACGAAGUCAGUAAUUGACGCAAUAUCACGUGGAGGUGAUACUGAUACAAAUGCUGCUAUCGUUGGAGCCUUAAUUGGUGCACGAUUUGGUAUUGACGAAAUUCCAGAGCAGUGGAUUAAAACAGUUAGAGAAACUAAACCACGAGUUAAUUUAACUACCAUUGAUUAUAAUGUUGAACAAAUUGUCAAUAAAUUACUAAUGUUGAAUUAA